CAGAGCAAGACGAACACAGGUUCAGGACAUUCAACACACAGACACACACACCUAUCAGUGGUGUGUGUGAAGGAUGAAGAAAGAGAUGAAGCUUCUCGUGUCCUUAUUUUUAAUUCUGACUUCAAAUGUAGCCGUGGAUGCUGAGUCAACCGUGUACAACCUCCUGACAUCUCCAGACUGUCUCCCGGAUCUCCUGCAUGGAGGUUUGGUGGAACAGGGAGUAUCAGAAAUCUUCCUGCUAGCAACCUUCCACCUGCAACCUCGAACUGGAACCACAGUGUUUGGGCUUUAUAAUCCACAGGACAACAGCAAGUACUUUGAGUUUACUGUUCUGGGCAAGCUAAACAAAGCUACGCUGCGUUACCUUCGUAGCGAUGGCAGGAUGGCCACCACCACCUUUAACAACCUCAAACUGGCGGACGGCGAAAAGCACCGCCUUCUCUUCCACUUGAAGGGUAUAGAGGUGCCGCACAAACCCAAGGCCUUCCCGCACGAACUAGGGACUUUGCCUGUACCUGGAAUAGAACUGCAUCUGGACUGCCGAUUGGUAGAGACGAUAAGAGAUUUACCGGCGGUCUUCAACGGGCUCAGCAACAAUCGGGGCGUUCAACUUAAGACCAUGCAGGGAAAAGCACAGGAAGAGCUGGAGGAGCUGAAACUGGCUUACGGGGAUUCUGCUGAGAACGUUGCAUCUCUGCAAGGCUGCCACACCCAUCAGAGUGACUCCAUGCAGACACUGGGGCUCAACACUAAACAGCUAACCAGUCAGAUGCUGGAGCUUACCAAAGUCAUCAAUGAGCUGAAAGAUGUGCUUAUUCAACAGGUAAAGGAAACCUCCUUUCUGAGAAACACAAUCUCUGAGUGUCAAGCAUGUGGACUGGGUGGGGCUCCAGUAAAACAGAAGUGUGCCCCCGGCGUGUGUUUCCGUGAUAACACGUGUACUGAGACGGAGGACGGGGUGGAGUGUGGUCCCUGUCCUGAUGGAUACACUGGAGAUGGACACAGUUGUGAUGAUGUUGAUGAGUGCCAGUUUAACCCCUGUUUUCCGGGUGUGCGCUGUGUGAACACGGCUCCGGGCUUCCGCUGUGAGGUGUGUCCUAAUGGCUACACAGGCCAUCCAAUAGCAGGUGUGGGAGCAGCUUUUGCUCAGACUCACAAACAGGUGUGUGAUGACAUCGAUGAGUGUAAAGGCCCGAAUAAUGGAGGUUGUACAGUCAACUCAGUCUGCCUGAACUCCAUGGGCUCAUAUCACUGUGGUGGCUGUAAAACUGGGUUCACUGGAGAUCAGGUGAAAGGCUGUAAGCCGGAGAGGAGCUGCGGGAAUCGGCUGCAGAAUCCCUGCGAUCCUAAUGCGAACUGUAUCGAGGAGCGAGACGGCACCAUAACCUGCCAGUGUGGAAUAGGCUGGGCUGGAAAUGGCUACCUCUGUGGAAAAGACACAGACAUCGACGGCUACCCCGAUGAGAAGCUACGCUGCCGAGAUCCGAAUUGCAAAAAGGACAACUGUGUUUUGGUGCCGAAUUCCGGACAGGAGGAUGCUGAUUUGAAUGGACAGGGUGAUGCGUGUCACCCUGAUGCUGACGGGGAUGGAAUACUUAAUGAGCAGGAUAACUGCUGGCUGAAGCCAAACUUGAAUCAGAUCAACAGCGAUAAGGAUAGCCACGGUGAUGCGUGCGACAACUGCGUUCACACAGAAAAUCCAGACCAGCGGGACACUGAUUCAGAUGGCCUCGGGGAUGCGUGUGACGACGACAUGGAUGGGGACGGUAUUAAAAACUUCCUGGAUAAUUGCCAGAGAGUGCAGAACCGAGACCAGCUUGACCAAGACGGAGAUGGUGUGGGAGACGCCUGUGAUAGCUGCCGUGAGAUUCCCAACCCCAAUCAGUCGGACGUUGAUAACGAUCUGGUUGGAGACUCUUGCGACACAAAUCAAGACAGUGAUGGCGACGGGCAUCAGGACACCAACGACAACUGUCCACUAGUGAUAAACAGCUCCCAAUUGGAUACCGAUAAAGACGGGCUGGGUGACGAGUGUGACGAUGACGACGAUAACGACAACAUCCCUGACUACGUUUCCCCGGGUCCCGAUAACUGCCGCCUGGUGCCUAAUCCUGACCAAAAGGAUGACAACAAUGACGGCGUUGGCGACGUGUGUGAAUCAGACUUUGACCAGGACACCGUGAUCGACAGAAUCGAUAACUGCCCUGAGAAUGCUGAGAUCACCCUAACAGACUUCAGAGCCUAUCAGACUGUUGUUCUGGACCCUGAGGGUGAAGCCCAGACCGACCCCAACUGGGUGGUUCUAAACCAGGGAAUGGAGAUUGUGCAAACGAUGAACAGUGACCCUGGCCUUGCUGUAGGUUACACAGCGUUCAGCGGCGUUGACUUUGAAGGCACGUUUCACGUGAACACUGUGACUGACGACGACUACGCAGGCUUCAUUUUUGGCUACCAGGACUCAUCCAGCUUCUACGUGGUGAUGUGGAAACAGACGGAACAGACAUACUGGCAGGCUACACCAUUCAGGGCUGUCGCUGAGCCUGGCAUUCAGCUCAAGGCAGUGAAGUCUAAGUCCGGACCUGGUGAGCACCUGAGAAAUUCACUUUGGCACACAGGUGAUACAAAUGAUCAGGUGCGUUUGCUCUGGAAGGAUCCACGUAACGUUGGAUGGAAAGACAAGGUAUCAUACCGCUGGUACCUACAGCAUCGUCCACAAGUUGGGUACAUCAGGGUUCGAUUCUAUGAGGGUACAGUGCUGGUGGCUGACUCUGGGGUGACGAUUGACACAACGAUGAGGGGUGGCAGGCUGGGUGUGUUCUGCUUCUCUCAAGAGAACAUCAUCUGGUCCAAUCUGAAGUACCGCUGCAAUGACACUAUUCCGGAAGACUUCCAGGAGUUUACUGCACCGCAAAUGUUGGAUCCUCUGUAAAUACCUCAUUCCCACACACCAACACACACAACCGGAUUUAAGAUGUUCUGUCUGUGCACAGUGUGUGUAGUUCUUUUACAUGUGUAUACACAAUGUGUAUGCCUGUGCCAAAUGUAUACUACUAAACCUACUACUCAUCAAGAACUACACAUAUUACAUACACAGUGAGGUGCUAAACCAAUCAUUUAUUUACAAACCACUUCUAA